UGUCAAUCUGACAUUUUAAAAGUAUUUAUAUUUUACAGAAUGAAUUUUCUUUUAAAAACCGCAAAAACCAGCCUUAAACUACGAAAUAUAAGAUAUUUUGCGGACAAUUCCAAAGUAUGCUGUGUGGAUCACAAGUACGACUGCGUGGUUGUGGGAGGGGGCGGAGCCGGGCUUAGAAGUGCCUACGGAUUGGUCGAGGAAGGUUUUCAGGUUGCUUGUUUGACAAAAAUUUUUCCCACAAGAUCUCAUACUGUAGCUGCGCAAGGAGGAGUCAACGCGGCCUUAAGUAAUGCCGAGGACGACUGCUGGAAAUGGCAUUUUUACGACACAGUGAAAGGCUCUGAUUGGCUGGGAGACCAAAACGCUAUUCAUUACAUGACCAAGGAAGCUCCCAAGGCGAUUUUGGACCUGGAACAUACCGGGAUGCCUUUUUCUAGGUUCAAAGACGGCAAGAUUUAUCAGAGGGCGUUUGGCGGGCAAACUUUGAACCACGGAAAAGGCGGGCAAGCGCACAGGACGUGCGCGGCCGCCGACCAAACCGGCCACUACAUGUUGCAUGCUUUAUACGGACAAGCCGUCAGACACCAUUGCAAAUUUUUCAUCGAGUUUAUAGCUUUGGACCUGAUAAUGGAAGACAAUGAGUGUAAGGGUGUUAUAGCUUGGGAUUUGGAGACGGGAACGUUCCAUAGAUUUGCCGCAAAAAACACUAUUAUUGCGACUGGUGGUUUCGAAAGGUGUUAUUUUUCAUGUACCACAGCUCAUACUACAACAGGUGAUGGUAUGGCUAUGGUGGUCAGAGCUGGAAUUCCCCUGGAGGAUCUAGAAUUUAUACAGUUUCAUCCGACAGGUAUCUAUGGAGUUGGAGUUUUGAUUACUGAAGGUGCCAGAGGUGAAGGGGGUUUCUUAGUUAACGGUAAAGGUGAAAGGUUCAUGGAAAAAUACGCUCCAACGGCGAAAGAUCUGGCUUCAAGAGAUGUGGUGUCCAGAAGUAUGACAAUGGAGAUUCUAGAAGGUCGUGGUUGUGGACCUAAAAAGGACCACAUCUACCUGCAAUUACACCAUUUGCCGAAGGACAAACUACAAAAACAACUUCCUGGAAUCACCAGAACAGCAAUGGAGUUCGCCGGUGUUAACGUGUUUAAGGAGCCCAUUCCAGUGAUACCAACUGUACAUUUCCCCAUGGGCGGCAUACCUACCAACAUUUUCGGACAAGUGGUAACUCAAGGGGAUGAUGGAGAAGACUUGCCAAUACAAGGGCUGUAUGCAUGUGGAACUUGCGCUUGUGUGUCGGUGCAUGGGGCCAAUAGAUUGGGCGCAAAUUCCCUGUUGGAGUUGGUGAUUUUCGGAAAAGCUGUUUCCGAUCACAUAACGGAAAACAAUUGCCCCGGGGACGAGAUUUGCGACUUGACUGAGGACCACGGAAAAUGUUGCUUCGAAAGGAUCAACCAAAUCAGAUUCAACAAAAAAGGGAAAAUUCCUCCGGGAAACCUUCUAUUGAAGUUACAAACCACCAUGCAAAAGUAUGCUGGUGUUUUCAGAAACCAGGAGCUGCUACAAGAAGGUUGCCAGCAAGUCCAGGCUUUGUAUCAGGAGUUAAAACACGUUAAGGUUGCUGGCGGUUCUGCAAUCUGGAACACUGAUCUCAUGGAAGCUUUGGAACUAAACAAUCUGUUCCCUGUUGCAUUGCAGUGCAUAAACUCCAUGGAAAAUAGAAAGGAAUCUAGAGGAGCUCACGCAAGAGACGAUUACAAGAAACGAAUUGAUGAGUUUGACUAUAGCAAACCUGUACAUGGUCAGGUAAAAAAGCCCUUGGACGAGCAUUGGAGGAAGCAUACAUUAUCAUGGUUCGAUAUGGAAUCUGGAGACGUUCAAAUAACCUACAAACCUGUUAUUGAUCAAACAAUGGAUUCCACAGAGGUUCCAACUGUACCUCCAGCUAUAAGAACCUAUUAACUUAUAAGAUUAUUGUGUUUUUAAUAUACCCACUUUAUUUUUACAUUGC